AUGGAGCCUCCUCCACCUUACCAUGCUCCUGGGUAUCUUCAAUCGACGAAAUCAUCUUCAAGAAGAGUAUCAACAGCGUCGUCGGCGUCGGUAUCCUCACCGAGACCUAGACCGAGAGCAGGUGAUUUCUUUGGAGGAGUGUCACAGCUCUCUCAACAGGAGCUGGACCGGGAUGCUAUCAAUGCAGGCAGAUCAGUACGAAGACGCUCUCCCAGGACUGACCUUCCCCCUGCCUUAGGUACAACCACCCGGAAACGUACACCCCCUACAAAGGCCCCUACUCCCCCCCCACCACCUCCCCCAGAACCUGUGCCAUGCCCUCUAUGUCCCGAGUUUGCAGGAGAGGAUGUCUUCCAACACAUCCGCAGAAACCACCGAGGCUACCCAUUCCAACAAUCUGAUUUCCCCUCGAAUUCUGUUGUGGUGUGUAAGGACUGUAGGGCAAUCUUGAAGGUAGGUAGGACGGCUCUGACGGUACACAAGAAGAACUGUAAGGGGAAGGAAGAAAGAAGUAGUAGAGAAUUGGCUAGGAGACAGAGCGGUGGAAUAGUGCAGGAUAGUAGAAGAAGGUCAAUUGGAGUCAACCAACAACUCUCACCACCCACCCCUCGCCCUCGCCCUUCACCACCACCACAGCCACCGCAACAACAACAACAACAGCAGCAACAAACACCACCUCGUCUGGCACCCCCACCAUCACCAGCUCUGCCAGCUGCAGCCCCUUUGCCCCAGCCGGAGCACCUUACCCGUGACAUCUCGGAUUUGGUACCUCUACCUGGAUCAGUAAAGCACCUGCAUCCCAACCUGGUCAGACCCUUCAUUCACGCUGCUUCUAAUGCAGCCAUCAAGUACAACGAGGACCCAUCGGCUGGCAACCUAUUCGACAUUCUCGCUUUGGUGAAGGUAGGACUGGUUCCGGAGAUGAGGAACGGCCACGCGGCGGUGGUGGACAGGCUUGCGAACUACCCCGCUGUCACCUGGCCGGAAGUUAGGAACGUGGAUGGAUCAGCUAAGAGUGAGAUACUUCGGGCUAAGGAGCUGGUGGAAAGCGGACUAGUUGGGAGAGCAGAGAGGGUCCUCAACAACAACGUCAAGAUCGCACCUCUCGACAACACCACUGUCCAAUCGCUAAAGGAUAAACACCCCAGAGGUACCGACAACCCAUUCUCUGUCCCCCUUCACCAAAGCGCCGCCCAUGCUACCAACCCCGAGGAUCAGGAUAUCAUCAAGGCGUUGAAUAGCUUCAAAAAGGAGACUUCGCCUGGUCCUUCGGGCUGGCGAUGA